UUCCCGCAGCCCACUAAGGGAAGAUAGCAACACAGCCCAUAAUUAAACGCAAAAUCGGAACUGCCCAUUUGUUCCAAAUCCAAUUAAAACGUCAAUUCAACAAAAUGGCUGAACUUGACCCAAGGAUACCAGCUUUGAAAAGUCAGUUAUUUUUACUUUCUGCACCCCUCUAGGGAAUCCCAGUGCCCGCCUCCAACCACUGCUUUUGAAUGACUUUUCCAUUCAGUAUUGGCGCGGGAAAGAAGAAAUCGUCCAGUUUUGUUCUAGAGGAAGCUCUGGAGCAUUUGUUUCCCUUUUUAAAAUUUUAUUUGCUAAGCAUUUGCGGUCCGAUCCGGUUGCGCGCCGUCGGGCUUCCUUGCGCGUGGGAAGGAAGCUGACUCGCUCUUCUGGUUUGCGCAGGAACUGCGAGCCGCUCAGCGCCACUCCCCAAAAAGGGAGCCUCGCCAACAAGGCUGUUGUUCGUCAGAACGGGUAAUGGCGGACGCCGAAGUUUGGAGACUGCCAUCUUGAGAAGGGGAAGCCACCGGGGAGCGCGGAUCGGGAAGUGAGGUUGCGCGAGUAGGGCUUGCUCAGAGGAGCUAAUUUCAGGACUGAAAACAUUAUCUGGACAGCCGAUACAGAAGGCUUUAAUUUCUCAGGACUUUUGCCCAUGAGCAGAAGGAUCCAGCCGGCUUAUGAACAGGCAGUUUUAAUUUUUAGCUUUUAUUUUUCACAUUAAAGACCCGAAAGCGAAGCCCGGCUGCUGGAGACCAAGGGGGAAGGAGGCUAUUGUGUUCAGAAGAAAAAGGCUCAUGACUUGGCUUUCCUGUUUAGGAAACACGCACGGCUUUUUAAAGGGACAGUGGCUUGUGAUGACAGUUCCCCAAGUGCCCGCUGUCCUCCUUCACCGAAUUGAACAGGAACUGGACGCGGAGGAAAGGGAAACCAUGCAGUAUUUGUGCCGAGAUCUUGUUCCUGACGUACCUGCGGCAGAGACCCGGAAACUCUUCGUGGCUUUGAACGAGAGGGAGAUACUGACGCUCAGCACUUUGUCUGAACUCCUGUACAGACUGAAGAGAUUUGACUUGCUGCGGAAAGUCCUGGGGACUGGGAGGGCAGCUGUGGAAGCCAGUUUGUCUCAGUUUCCCCCGUUGAUACCAAAGUACAGGGUGCUAAUGGCAGAAAUCAGCAAGGAACUGGAUGAAGAAGAUCUGCAUUCCUUUAUGUUCCUCAUGAUGAACGAUACAUCCUAUGGGAAGACAGCAAAAGAGAAGACUUUCCUGACAAUCAUAACUGACCUUGAGAACCUAGACCUGGUGUCUCCUAGCCGCCUAGAUUUUCUGGAAGAUUGCUUCUUGCACAUGCGCAGGAGAGACUUGGUGAAGAGGAUCCAGAAGUUCAAGCAGGAAGAGCACCCCAUUGGCACUUCGUCUGUAUGUGCUAACAGACUUCAGGCAUCAUUUCCUGAGCUGUCUAUUGCUGAUCCUCCGGCGGUUGGGAACCAAGGCAGGCUGUCAAAUGGAGAAUGUGCCUUUCAGGCAGCAAAGGUUAACAUAUCAAUACCAGAAACAGGAGGAGCUGAAGCACAGGUCCUUAACAAAUACAGAAUGCGGAGCAAGCCUUUGGGAGUAUGCUUGAUUAUAGACUGCAUUGGCAACGAUACAAGUAAGUGCUGGGAAAAAUUGAAUUCCUCCUUAACUGCUGGAGUCUGCAACUCGCGUAAUCUUUUAACAGCUCAGAUUGGCCCUGAAGUAGUCGAAGUUCUCUACAAACCGUAUCUUGUAGAGUCUAAAGAACAAAGCAUGGAAACUCUGCCCUCUCCUGGUGCUGGUGGAUUUUAUUUACUCAAGGGACUCUCUGUCAAUGACCCACCAAGAAAUCAUUAUCCCCACACCGAAGAAUCUGGGAGCAUGAGGGAGCAUGCUGGAAGUCUGCACUCCUUUGCUGCAAGUCAAGAUUUAAAAGCUGGAAAUGUGCGAGAGCCGAGUUUGCAACAGUCUGCAGGACAGGAUCAACUGAAACCAGCAGAGGAGUCUGCUCUCUAUAAAAUGAACAGGCCUCGCAGAGGAUAUUGCCUUAUUUUUAAUAAUGUCUAUUUCAAGGGAUUGAGACCCAGAUCAGGAUCUCAGAAAGAUGCCAUGGAAUUGGAAAGUGUGUUUAAAUGGCUUGGGUUUGAAGUGAAAAAAUAUGAUGACAAGACAUCAGACGAACUUCUCAAACUUCUAAAGGACUGGCAAUCUUCUGAAUACUGGAAAGACAGUGAUUGUCUUGUGUGCUGCAUUCUCUCUCACGGCGAAUCUGGGAAAAUUUAUGCGACGGACGGCUGUCUCAUCUCCAUCAAUAAAAUCACAUCUUUCUUCACAGCCAAACAAUGUGCUUUACUGGCUAAGAAGCCCAAACUGUUUUUCAUCCAGGCGUGCCAAGGUAGCAAGCUGCACCAACCUGUUUAUCUUGAAGCAGACAAUCACGAGACGUGCUCCCCUGGAGCAGAUGCCCAAACUUCAGGAUUUAUUCCUACACAACAGCAGAUGACCUCAAGCAUCCCCGAAGAGGCAGACUUCCUCCUUGGCAUGGCCACAGUGGAUGGUUAUUAUUCUUACCGGGAUGUGCAGCGUGGCACAUGGUUCAUUCAGGUCCUCUGCGAGAAGCUUCGGGAGCUGGUACCAAGGAGAGAAGAUAUCUUGUCCAUUCUUACGGCAGUCAAUGAUGACGUGAGCAAACUUUCAGACAAAAAUGGACUAAAGAAGCAGAUGCCACAACCAGCUUACACUCUCAGGAAGAAAUUAAUAUUCCCAGUGCCUAGCAACUCUCCUCCUGUGUCAAAACAGCUGUAGGGUUUUUGC